AUGAAGUUUGAGGACCGUGGCAUGUACACCUGCACAGCAGAGAAUCUGUUGGGAAGAGUCGAGUUAUCGGUGAACAUUACAGUAAGAGGUAUGUACAUGACUUUGUAUUAAGAAGAGAAAAAUUGGCACCGUGGUCACCUGGAUUGACGAAGGAUAAAGAAAUGAAGAGAAAAAUAAGUCAUAAGUACCCCUUUGAAAUGAAUGACCAAAAUUGUUAAAAUGCAUGAAGUCCCAAACGUCUCCUAUAUUGAUGCCAGUCUUAGCUUUAGCCCUCAUAAUCUGCAAAGCAGGCGUAAUUUCCCAGAGUUCCCAGUAUUAUCUUGGGGAAAUUAUAACUAUCAUUCUUGACUUUUACAGCAGCGGAACUCUAGGGAGAGAAUGUUAUUUGUACCUAGAGGGUGAGCCCUGGUCAAAAAGAAGUAGAGGGGAGGGGGUGGGGCAGUGAAUAUUACGCCUUUUCCCGAACCAAUCCCCCCACCGUCAAAUCUUAACUCCAAAUCAAACAUGACCGGUUGAAUAAACAAUCGCGAGCUUCUUAACGUUAACUCGCCCUAAUAAAAAGCCUGCACUGCAGGCUGCAGCCCUCAGCGACAUAUAAUACUGAAAAGUAAACAUUAAUGUGUAAAUAUGAAAGGACAUGCAUUUGAUGACUGAAAUGCUACCAUAAGUAUAUUAGCUUACAAUUCCGCCCAAUCCUAAAAGAUUCAAAUUUCAAGGCUAUGAAGACUUUGGAUUUAAAUGUUCAUUGUUUGAAGAAACAUUUGGAUAUGAAGAUAUGCAAAGACAAUUAAUCUCAGUUUUGCUGUUUUUCUGUUGUUGUUGUUGUUGUUUUUUUCUAUUGAUGGAUGUUUUGAUUUCUUUUGUUCUUCAUUUUUCCGUUUUUGUUUUGUUCUAUCUUGUUCUGAUCUUUUUGUUGUCGCAGUACCAGCAAAAUUUAUCUCCGAGCCUAAGCGUUCUGUGACAGCCUACAAGACAUGGGACAUGACUCUGAAAUGCGACAUCUUUGGCUUUCCCUCUCCUGUAAUCACGUGGACGAGAUCAAGGGAUCAACUGCCUAUCAACAGAAACGUCAUUGAUGGUAACCAACUUACGAUUAAGAACACAAAGAAGGAAGAUGGUGGAGCAUAUGUCUGCCGGGGGGCUAAUCCGAUGAGAAAUGUGAUGGCUGUGUUAUGGAUCGUUGUCAAAGAUGUCGGUAAGAUAAGCCUAAAAUAUUCUUUAGUUGUACAGUCAAAGUUUGGUUGCAUUUUUUGGCAGUAAAUCUCUCCAUUUAUAAAUUAUAAUUUCUUUUUAAUUUAGUCAAAAUUUGAUUGUAUUUUUUACCCUUCUCUCGAUAGUAAAUCCGUAUAUCGUCUCCAGUCCUCCUAGUGAAAUUCAGGUACAGAAUGUUGGUGAUAAGGUGAGGUUAAAAUGCUCUGCUGGUGGGUCGCCAUUACCCAGAGUCACGUGGUUCAAGGAUGGGCGGAAAGUUGAUUCUACAGCAGAGCGGGACGGCAACAAUCUGAUUAAAACCGAAUUUGUUAUUGAUCGCUUCCAACCUGAUGACGCUGGUUUAUACAAAUGCUCUUUUUAUAAUGAAAAAAAUGCGACAACAGAAGCCACAGUAAAGCUUAGUGAAGUUCUAGCUUCUUUACUUUUUACCGCGCCUGACUAACACUUUCUACUCUUUUUAAGUCAACCAAGAUUAGGAUUCUUGUUUUUCAUUCUUUCCUCCUAGGCCCAAUUGCUUUCACUUUGAUAAAGAUAAUAAAUUCAACAUAUUGGCAUUCCUAACGAUGAAGUUUCUUUUUUUCACCCUUUUUAGUUUUAGUUAAUUGUGGUGAUCCUGGUUCUGUAUCUAACGGACACAAACGUGGCUCCCGAUACUGGACUGGGGAAUCUGUGUCGUUUACUUGUGAUCCACAAUAUCACCUAGUUGGUCCAAAUAAGAGGACCUGUUUACCGUCCGGUAAUUGGAGUGAAAUACAACCUGAAUGUAAGUGAUGACGGUUGCUUUUUUUUCUAAUAUUAAUUAGCAGUUUUCCUUUGCUAAUCUUGGCCUCAUGGCAUUACAGUUUAAUUGAUAAGUUAUAAAAAGAGAAAUUUUAAGCAUUAAAAAUGAAUAGAUAAAUGCAUAAAUAAAUAAAUAAAUAAAAUAGAUAAGUAAGUAAAUAAAUCGAUAGUGAACCAUCAAAACGCUUUAGGGAAUGAAUGAAAAUUUUACGUUGACUGACCUCUUUGGCCUUUUUAAUUUGAAAUGUUGGAUACAGUUCAAAGGUUUUUUCGCAAUCUUAAGGUGGCUGAAUAGAGUUUUCCCUUAAUUCAUGAUAACCUUAGGUUCAGCUAAAAAGCCCAAGAUUGGCAAAAUUUGUACAACGAAAAGUAAAAGGAGCUGUAAUCCAAAGAUUCCCGCUUCUGCACAUCAUGACAACCAGAAACGUAUAUUUGAAGUGUCUCCAUCACCAGUCAUUUUUUUUAAAGCUCCACCCACAGAGCGUUUUUUUCACCCGUAAGACAGCUUCCAGUUCCUCUAGAGUUAACCCCUUCGUGCGUGUGUAACUAAGCUUUGAAAUGCUGAAAAUUCUUAGUUUUUGUUUUCCACUUGCUGCUUUCAAGGUCGGAGAAUUUGUCCACCGCUGAAAAACCCAAAGUAUGGUCUCAUUUACGGCGGUGAAUUUUGGGAAGGAAAGCAAGUUUCAUUUACUUGUAGGUCUGGUUUUGGACUGAUAGGACCACUAGAACGUCGCUGCUUGAUGAACGGUUCAUGGACUGGAAGUCAGCCUGAAUGUAAUGCCGUGUCGGGUAACAAAACUAUUGUUUUUUUUUUCCCAGAGCAAUUUUGGGUGGCAUCUCGUAAAUUUUUCAAAGUAGACUUAACCGUUACAUAACUGCAUUAAAAAAAUUCCUUAAAAUCACAAGUGAAUAACAAGGACUCCUUGCUAUGAUGCAAUGUGGCUAGAUGAGCCCAGAGUCCCUUACAUGCAAUGUUUUCAUAAUUUUGCAAUAUUUGGUAAUCAGUGGAUGAUUUCUUUACGUAAUAUAUUGGAUAAGAUAAGAAUUUAGGUUAUUAAUUUUAUUAUGAACAAGUUCUGGGCCUUAAGAAUGGUUCCUGUUUAUUUUUAUUGCUACAGCCCUGUUUCGUAUCGCCAAAGAGUGAUCGACCAUACCAAGAUAGUAUGAUGCUAUACUAAUCAUAAAACCUAAACAAGUAAACAAAAAAAAUGACAAAUGUAAGUUAUAGACUUUAUAAAAACAGACCUUUUUAAAAGGUUUUAUCAAACAAGCAAUAUAUUUUUUUUACCUUUUGUCAGCGCUUUGGAAGGCCUCAACUAUAAUAGCAGGCAAUCUGUAUUACUACAGCAACCUACAUCAGUUUCUGAAACCUGCGGCUGGAAGUCAUCCUCAAUGGCUGCUGUGUUACCGUGCCUCUACUCACGGUUGGUCGGUCAGUACUUUCCACAACAGGUGUGAUGGGAAACCUAACACAGUCACUAUCGUAAAAGCAGGGCAGUACGUUUUGGAGGAUACACUGACAUUCCAUGGGGUAAACAUUUAUUAUAUGUCAACUUUAUGUCUUUGUUGGUGUUUGCUUUCUUUUGUGUUUUUGUAUUUUGCAUUUUGAGUUGUUCCGGUUAAUGUAAAAGAUAAAAAUAAAAAAAUGAUCGAAAUAAGGAAACUUCAUGAACAGUAUGAAUGGCACGGUGGCCUGAUGGUUAGUGCGUAGGACUGCGGGCCAAGAAGUCUGGGCUCGAGACCUUGCCGGGUCAUUGAGUUGUGUUUUUAGGCAAAUCAAUUUACUCUCGCAUCGCCUCUUUUCUCUCAGGAGUAUAAAUAGGUACCGACGAACUAUCUGGGAAAUCGUAAGAAAUGCCAGGGGAACGGGUAACCUUUCGAUAGAUAUUCCAUCCAGGGGGGAGUAGUAAAGCUUCCAGUUGCUUUAUGCAGAGAAUACCGGGAUAAGCCCCGGGAUGGAUGAGCUGCUUGGCUCGAAUACAAACUAUACAUGCCUACCCUACACUAGGCUUGAAGCAAAAGGCAUGAGAAAUAAUGUUCGCAUGAUAUAUUUUGAUUAAAAAAACCAAAAACAAACAAACAAACAAAAACAAAAGAACAAAAUCAGCACAUAUCUUAAUACUAGUGAGAAAAAUAACAAUACCUGAUGUGGAAGCUUAAUGGUUAAUUGAAACGGAAAAAAGCUUGAUGAUAUGCUCUUUAACGUAAUGGUGUAUCAUUUUCUUUUUUCAGAGUCAAGUGGUGGGUACACCAGCACUCCAAAUGCUUUCCUAUUUUCUCUUCGCAAUGAAGAAGGACUAGCGCCAUUUAAAAGCAUGGUAAAAAGGCCAUCGUACGCAAUACAGAGGCAUUCCAGCAUCGGUCCGUUGUUUGGUACCGGUCAUGACAUCUACAUCGCGGACAAUGCCAAUAGUAAUCGUAAUUCCGAAGCCAAUUUUGGUCAUGGCAAUGUUUAUUCUGUUCCAAGUGGUGUGCAAAACAAACAAACCUUACUGGCAGGUAGUAACCCCUUCACACCCGAUGAAUGGGAAGUGUUUUACCUAGGAUAAAAAGUCCUAAGAAACAGAAGAAAACAAUAAAAGAACCAUUUACUAGUUCAGAGGUCUCUUUUUGUAUUUGAACAAGAAAAUUGUAAACAGCGUAUGAUUGUUGUCUUGUG